GGAAGAAGGCUAGGAGGAUAAAGCAAUUUUGCUUCUUGGAGAAAGCCUUCAAAAAGCUCCAAGGCUUCUUCAUACAGAUCUUUUAAAUUUCAUGAGACUGGGAAAGCACUUCUUCCCAUACUGGGUUGCAGCAUUUCUGACUUCAUUUUAUGGCAGAUUCAGGCACUUCUUGGACAUCAUCGAUCCGCGCACUCUCUUUGUUACUGAGAGUCGUCUGAAGGAAGCUGUGCAGUUGUUGGAGGAUUACAAACAUGGGACUUUGCCCCCGGGAGUCACCAACAAAGAGCUGUGGGGAGCUCAAAAGAUAAAGCAGGCCAUCAUCCAUCCCGAUACAAAUGAGACCAUCUUCAUGCCUUUCCGAAUGUCAGGUUACAUUCCCUUUGGAACGCCCAUCGUUGUUGGUCUUCUCUUGCCCAACCAGACGCUGGCAUCCACUGUGUUUUGGCAGUGGUUGAAUCAGAGCCACAAUGCCUGCGUCAACUAUGCAAACCGCAACGCGACAAAGCCUUCUCCGACAUCCAAGUUCAUCCAGGGCUACUUGGGAGCUGUCAUAAGUGCUGUCUCAAUAGCAGUGGGCCUUAAUGUUCUGGUUCAGAGAGCAAACAAGUUUACCCCCGCCACUCGUCUCUUGAUCCAGAGGUUUGUGCCAUUCCCUGCUGUCGCUAGUGCCAAUAUCUGCAAUGUUGUCCUGAUGAGGCACACAGAGCUGGAAGAAGGAAUUGAUGUUUUGGACAAUAACGGAAACAUUGUCGGGUCUUCCAGAAUUGCUGCAAAACACGCACUGCUAGAAACGGCUCUGACUAGAGUGGUCCUGCCAAUGCCUAUACUGGUUCUACCUCCAAUUAUUAUGUCCAUACUGGAAAAAACAUCACUCCUGAGAUCCCGUCCCCGGAUGAUUCUCCCAGUCCAAAGCCUUGUGUGCCUCGCUGCCUUUGGCCUGGCCCUUCCCUUGGCCAUCAGUCUCUUCCCGCAGAUGUCCGAGAUUGAGACAUCUCGGCUGGAGCCAGAAAUCGCAUUGGCCACUACCAGUAAGACUGUAGUCUACAAUAAAGGACUGUAAGUGGAAGCGGACCAUCUCAGCCCAGAAGAUCUGGGGAGGGAAAGGGGGAAACUUGAGAUCCCGACUGGGAAAAAGAAAAUAACAAGAGAAAACAAAUAAUAGAGCUCAGCGAUAGUAACGUAUUACUGCUCCCAGCGAACUGGGAGUAAAUUAACACUUGCAGAGAACUGACACCUCACACCAGUCAAAAAGAUUAAUAUUAAAAGUUUUAAAUUAGCAACAGGAGCAGCAACAAAAAAAUCACAUUCAAACACUUUAGAGAACUAGCUAAAGAAGAAUCUCAGAACUUAAUAGCACUGCAUGGAGGGAUGUUUAACGGUGUGUUUACGUGGUUAUACCUAACUACAUGAAAGUAGGCUUCACUGAGCAAAUUUUGUUUUCGAUGCAAAUUAAAUUUCCACACUGA